UUGAAGUGAAGUAUAAUUAAUGCAUAAUCAACAAAAACAUAAAUUAUAAGUCUUGAAGAAUUUAUCACCUGGCUUUAUACAAUGGCUUAUAAGUAUAUUCCAUCUUUUUUCUUGUUAUUAUUCGUCACAUUGUUUUUAACAAGUAGUUAUGUGAUUCAAGUUGAAGCGCGCAAUUUUCUUGAAGUAACUAUCCCUGAGCUUCCUAAGCCAGAAUUGCCACAUUUACCUGAAAUCCCAACUUUGCCUAAACUUGAAUUCCCUGAAAUUCCAAAACCUGAGUUGCCUACAUUACCAAAGCCCGAAUUUCCAGAAAUUCCAAAGCCGGAGUUUCCAUCAUUUUCAAAGGUUGAACUUCCAACUUUACCAAAACUCGAGAUUCCUGUCAUUCCUAAGCUUGAAUUGCCAACUUUGUCAAAGCCGAAAAUGCCUUAAGUGCCUAAAAAGCCUUGAGCACGAGGCUUGUUAAAAAUGUAUUGUGUAUUGUGUGAUCAUAUAUGUAUUUGAAGCUUUCCUUUUGGAAAGAUUAUUUAUGUGAUAUUUAUGUACAAGAAUUGUUUAUGUAAUUGUUCUGUUUUCAGUUCACUAAUGUACUUGUCUUACUAGUGACAUUAUACACAUCUUUAUUUGUAAUCUAAGACUCGAUUUCAGUUUGUUUA